AUGCUGCUAUCAGUGGCUUCCAGACCUGGGAUUCCGACUUUUGGCUAUAACAAGAACAACAAAAAGCCAUAUGUGUCGUUGUCUCAGCAGAUGGCACCACCUAGUCCAAGCAACAGUACACCCAACAGCAGCAGUGGGAGCAACGGGAAUGACCAACUGAGCAAAACCAACCUCUACAUCCGGGGUUUGCAACCAGGCACUACUGACCAGGACCUCGUCAAGCUGUGUCAGUCCUAUGGCAAGAUCGUCUCCACGAAGGCCAUAUUGGACAAGACCACAAACAAAUGUAAAGGCUAUGGCUUUGUGGACUUUGACAGUCCUUCAGCCGCGCAGAAGGCCGUGACAGCACUGAAGGCCAGUGGUGUCCAGGCACAGAUGGCAAAGCAACAGGAGCAGGACCCCACAAAUUUAUACAUAUCAAACCUCCCGCUGUCGAUGGAUGAGCAAGAGCUGGAGGGAAUGCUGAAGCCCUUUGGCCAAGUGAUCUCCACUCGAAUCCUCCGAGACACCAGUGGGACCAGCAGAGGGGUCGGCUUUGCGAGGAUGGAAUCCACAGAGAAGUGUGAAGCCAUAAUCACCCACUUUAACGGAAAAUAUAUUAAGACACCCCCUGGAGUGCCAGCCCCAUCAGAUCCGUUGCUUUGCAAAUUUGCUGACGGUGGUCCAAAGAAAAGACAGAAUCCAGGAAAAUUUGUGCAAAAUGGACGGGCCUGGCCAAGGAAUGGAGACAUGGGUGGUGUGGCCUUGACUUAUGACCCCUCCACAGCUCUUCAGAAUGGGUUCUACCCAGCUCCUUAUAACAUCACUCCCAACAGGAUGCUAACUCAGUCUGCACUCUCCCCAUACCUUCCGUCUCCUGUGUCUUCCUAUCAGAGAGUCGCUCAGACAUCUCCUCUCCAAGUUCCUACCCCGUCGUGGAUGCACCACCAGUCAUACCUCAUACAGCCUUCCGGCUCCGUGCUGACGCCGGGGAUGGACCACCCCCUCUCCCUGCAGCCUGCCUCCCUGAUGGGCCCGCUCACCCAGCAGCUGGGCCACCUCUCCCUCAGCUCCACGGGCGCGUACCUGCCGACGGCGGCCGCCAUGCAGAGCGCUUACCUCUCCCAGUUCCCCCCGGGGCCUCCUUCCAGCGUGUCCGUGGAGGAGAACAGCGGCCAGCAAAGCCAGGUGACCCUGGAUGCUCCCUCAGACCACGGGGUCUAUUCUUUCCAGUUCAACAAGUAA